UCCUCCUACAGAUUUCCGGGGAAUUCCGAAAUUCAUAAAGCGUGCUUUAUCUAUUCUAUUUCUGUCUUUUUACCAUCAGCUAUCCUAAGAUGUGUUUGAUGUUUGCUAACUAAGUUCCUACAGACAGAGAGAAAAUUCAGAAAGAUUUAAAAUUCCGGACACAGAGGUGACUUGACCAACAGAGGUAUAGCUAUCUUACCACCCUCAUAUUUUUAGUUUGAUAUGAAUUAGCUAUUUUAGCUAGACUACCGAAUAGUUAAGACCACCGUACAGUUAAGACUUGGAGCAAGCUCCCUAAGCUCUGUGUGGUGCAUCUGUCCUGAGAUCGUGUGCCUGAGUGAAAGGCAGAAGGGAGAAAUGACUGAGCAGGAGGCCGACUCCCUUCCCCUGAGCCAGGAGUCAUUUCAGGUGCUAUGGAACAUGAUGUAUCCUCCAGCCUCCGUCAGUGAACCUUUCACUGUGAAUGAAGAACAAUGGGCCCUGGAGAGUUUGCUGCCAGAGACUCCUCUACAGGAGGACAUUGAUGUGGCGGUUUUUGACAUGCAUGCCCCCGCACCACCGCAGCCAUCUGUGUCAUCCCUGAACGGUGAUGCUGCUGUUAGCUCAACUGUGCCGUCCACCGUUGACUACCAGGGAGAUCUGGGUUUCCAACUGCGCUUUCUGAAGUCUGGCACUGCCAAGUCUGUCACAUGCACAUUUUCUCCAGAUCUCAACAAGUUGUUCUGCCAGCUGGACAAAACCUGCCCAGUUCAAAUACUGGUAGAUCGCCCCCCUCCACAGGAUGCAGUGAUACGAGCAACUUCAGUGUAUAAGAAGGCUGAGCACGUGGCCUCGGUGGUGCAGCGGUGCCCACACCAUGAGAAGGCCUCCGAGCACACCGAAGGUACUGCCCCCAGAAAUCACCUGAUUCAGGUGGAGGGAUGUCAGCAGGUGCACUACAUGGAGGAUGCCAACACCAAGAGACACAGUGUUGUAGUUGCCUAUGAAGCCCCCCAGUGUGGCUCGGAGUGCACCACAGUGCUGUAUAAAUACAUGUGCAACUCUAGCUGCAUGGGUGGAAUGAACCGCCGGCCUAUUUUAACGAUUAUCACAUUGGAGACAAAAGAUGGACAGCUCCUGGGCCGCGGCUGCUUUGAGGUGCGUGUAUGUGCCUGCCCUGGGCGAGACCGGAAGACCGAGGAGGACAAAUGGCAGGAAAAGAGCGGCAGGAAACUGCAGGAAAAGAGCGGUGGAACCAAACGCAGCUUUGAGGAGGUAUCUCAGACAGCCCCCCAAACCGAAGCCAACAAGAAAACCAAAUCCAGCUCCACCUCUGAGGAAGAGAUUUACACAUUGGAGAUCCGUGGGUGGGAACGAUAUAACAUGCUGAAGAAAAUAAAUGAAAGCAUGGAGCUGGAGGAUUUGAUGCCACCUGCAGAUGUGGUAAAAUACAGGCAAAAACUAAACACCAAGAAUGUGAGCAAGCUGGAGUGUGUUCAGCCAAGAAAAGGGAAAAGGCUGCUGAGGAAGGGAGAGAAAAGUGACUGAUUGAGAGCGCCCCCCAUCCCCCUCACUACUGCCUACUUCCUUUAUAUAGUUCUGCUUUUCGCAGGAAACCAAGCUGCUAUAUUUUAACUAACUAUAAGCUGUAGGCUGCUUUGUAUGUUUAAAUUUCAUUGUGCUGUAAUGCUGUAGACUAUUUACUAAACUCAAAUGCAGUGUAUUUUUGCUUCCGUGAUAGUGCUCAUUGCCAUAGAUGUUUCUGUGAUUCCAAUAUUUCAUGUUUUUUUCCAGUCUUUUUUCCAGUUUUUUUUUUUUCAAAAUACAUUUUUCACCUUUUAUAAUUAACAUAUGUUCAUACUGAUACUGACAGACACACACACACACACACACACACAAACACAAUCAAUUGAGCUAUGUAUUUUGUGUCAACAAAUAAAAAUUAUUUGUAGAA